GAGAGAUACCUCUGAUAAAGCGCUGCUUAUCCGUUAACACAUUUCACACACAUCGGAAUUGCCAUACUGAUUCACUUCCGGUUCUCUGGUAUCUUCCCCGCGCCGGCACGUCACAGCUCAAGAUACCCACCGAGCACUCGCACUCGAGUAGACGACUGAUUUUCUUCUGGAAGACGUUCAGUUCCUCUAAUUGACCUCCACUGGGCUCGCUAUCCCGUCGAAUCCUCCCUCAAACUUGGACUUUCAUCAAUUCCAUCCGCACACCAAGCAAGAGCAAGCAAACAAGCCUAACAACAAAUCCAGACACACCUCUCUCUCCAUCCUCCCAUCCUCUAUACUACCAAUCCAACCCCGUAAAAGAAACACACAUGCACCCCACAAACCGCCGCGGCCCCGGCCAAAACCCGCGCCACGCCCACGGCCAACAAACCCAACCCAUCCUAAUCGACGACGACGACGAAACAUACGACAUCAUCCGCCAACCACCCCGAAACCACCCUCCCCCGCGCCAGCAACCCAUCACCAACUUUGGCUACUACGACGACGGCGACCAAGACAUGGAUGAUGACGAGGACGAGGACGAGGACGAAGAUGACGGGGACUACACAUAUACCUACUACACCCACACCCAAUCCCCAUCAAACCAACACAACAACAAACUCCGCACGCGCGCCCGUGAAGACCGCCACGCAGCGCUCUGCAUCCUCCUCGACCGCGAACUCCUCAUGCUCCAAGCGCUCUCGCACAACGAGACCCUCCCGCAAGCACGACGACGAUUCUUAAGUAAAAUGAUGGCGCCGCAGGAUAACACGGAUACGGGCGUGAUCAGGGCGGAGAGGUAUACGAUUCAUGUGCCGGGGAGUAACAGUGGGGGUGGGGCGGGGCAGUAUGUUACUGUGCCGAGGGGCGUGGUGGAUGUGUGUGAGACGGGGGAUGAGGGGUGGGGGAGUAAGGAGGGGAGGAGUCAGCCUGCUUCGCCGGCGGCGUCGCCGUUUGGGAAGGGGAAGAGUCGGACGCCUACUCGUCCGAGGGCUUCGACGCCGGGGUCUGCGAACAGGCGGAGGAGUGGUGCGAGGUAA